GUGGUUGGCGGCGGGGCGAGGGGCGGCGGCCGCCGCGGCCCAGACCCGGAAGAGCCGUCGGCUCGGCGAGCGCAACAGGCUGCUUGCCGAGGGACCAGCCCCGCGAUGGACAAGCUGAAGAAGGUGCUGAGCGGGCAGGACACCGAGGACCGCAGCGGUCUGUCCGAGGUGGUUGAGGCAUCUACGCUCAGCUGGGGUACCAGAGUUAAAGGCUUCAUCGCAUGCUUUGCAAUAGGAAUUCUCUGCUCAUUGCUGGGGACUCUUCUGCUGUGGGUGCCCAGGAAGGGACUGUCCCUCUUCGCAGUGUUCUAUACCUUUGGUAACAUCGCAUCAAUUGGGAGUACCAUCUUCCUCAUGGGACCGCUGAAGCAGCUCAAGCGCAUGUUUGAGCCCACGCGAUUGAUUGCAACCAUCAUGGUGCUGGUGUGUUUUGCACUGACCCUGUGUUCUGCCUUUUGGUGGCAUAACAAGGGACUUGCGCUCAUCUUCUGCAUUUUGCAGUCCUUGGCCUUGACGUGGUAUAGCCUUUCCUUCAUACCAUUUGCAAGGGAUGCGGUGAAGAAGUGUUUUACUGUGUGUCUUGCAUAAUACACUGCCACUUGUGCAAAACUUUGGAAGGCACUGCGGAGCAGAAGUCGGAGGCCUGUUGUGUAAAUAUCUGCUACAUCUCUGUCUUACAGGGUGUGCUUUUUAUCUUGUAGCAGUGUGUUGCUUGCAGUUUGGACAUUGGAGGGUUGAUUUUGGAAGCAACAGAGUGUUCCUAAACCCAAAUGUCUGUAGCACAAUACGAGAGGUGUGUUCUGGGUCUUAUGGAGUCAGAUCUUUCUCACGCACCUGUUUCUUCUUUAGAUGGUGUCCCACCAAAUUCUCAUGAAUAAAACCUUGUUCAGCAGCAGCAGCUAAGCUUCCGGGGCCAGUGAUUCCCAGGUGGUGACAGACAGCCCCCCUGGAGAUCACGGGAGGUGAAAGUGAGAGACACUGGGGUCAGCAGGGACUUUGCAGACAUGUCUCUCAGCAUGGAAACUGUCCCCACUGCUGCCCACAGCAGGGACCUCCUUCUGCUUUGUGUCUGAGAGCAGGUGAUUCUGCUGUGCCGUGGAGUGAAGUAGAGAAUCAGCACUUUUUCGUGAUGGCAGGAUUUUUUCUUCCUCUGAACAUAGGUAUUCUUGCUAUUCUAAUUCUACAGCUGACGGUGGAAUCUAUUUUGGAGCAUUGAGCACAGACCCCUUACUUUUCUGUGGCUCCCUGUUCUCCUUGGCCUUUACUCUGACCUCCUAGCACUCAGGAGAGAGAGAACAAAGCACACAGAAAACACUGCUCUUUCCUUUUGGACUAGGGCCAAGGAGAGGUGAAAAAUCUUGCUGCUCUCUGCUGUAUUUUUUUCGUUCAUUUUUUAUGAAUGUUUGCUGUUCAGUUGGUUUUAUUUUCUGUUCUCUCUAGAGCAGGGCCUGGCAAAAGUAGGUAAAGACAGAUCCCUGCUGUGGAGCCAACAGGAAGUAGGUUACCUUUACACAAUCCUGGCCUUUGCACUCAGCCUGUGCUGGAGACAUGGGGAGGACACCAUGGACUGCAGGUCAUUGUGCCCCAGCCUGGUGCCUGCCCAGUGUGUUUAUAUCUGUGACGUAGUGUCCAUUGUUAUCCCACUGUGCAGUCAAGAAAAUUGAGGCCCACACUAGUUUCUGAAUCCACGCGGAACACAGCUGCAGCAGAGUUGAACCAGAUGCUGGCUGCCCCGGCUUCAGACUCCACUACCCAGUGUCUCCCUGUGUGUCUCUGGUUGUGCUUCCUGUAACAAUUUUCCUGGUCUUUUUUUUUUUUUAAUCAGCCAGGCCUUGUGCCUUUCUGGUUGUGGUCUCUGUGUGUCGCUUGUGCCAUCUAUCUUGCCCUCCCACCCCAGUUCCCCUUUUGGAAGCUUCCUCUGAGUGUGUAGGAUGUUCCUUGUUCUCUUGGGUUCCCUUUCAGCUCCUCCUUGCCCCUGACCACUGUUAGUGCCCCAUCUUGAUCAGCCAGAGUUCCUGGUGCUCCAGGAUCUGCAGAGCCCCCUGCACUGAAGUCUCUGGGUUUGCCUUUGUGCUCUUUACCCAGGGCCAGCCGGCCUACUCAGCCUCCUGCUCUGGCUGUCUCCUUGCAUGUGGCUGAAAUCCACCAUGGCUGAGAACUCAGACUGACCGCAUUUCUCAGGAGCUGGGGAGCUGAUGGCCUGAUGCGGGCCAGUCUUCCUGAGCCCUGUGUAGGCUGUUGGGGGUGCUUGCUGAGGUUCCCAACCUGCAUUCAGCCAGGGAAGAAAAUUAUUUGCUACCCUCUGGCUUCCGUGGGUCUCUUUGGCAUCAGCUCAGACCUGGGAAGGGCUCUGGUGUCAGAAGCGGUAUGAAAGAGAUCAGGAGCACUCAUGGUUCCUCUUUAGAGUGGGUGUGAGGCCAGGCUGGUCACGGAAGAGCUCCAGCCGGCUUGGAGUAGUGCACCUAGAAGGCUGACCCCUCUGCCCAUUUUAGAGGCUGGACUUCGUGGGGCGUGAGGCUUGGUACCUCUAAGAGUCACCGGGUUGUUAGUGUUAGCAGUGGCUUAGUCACACACUGGUAGUGUUGUGUUGAACAAGUUCUGUAAGCUCGCUUCCUGUUUCUGCCUCUAACAGCAGUGGAGACAGCAAUCCCCACUGGAUCACUGCAGAAUGUCGGUGAGUUAGGUGUCGGGUGCUUAGCGUGGGGCCAAGCGUAGAAUCUCAGUGAAGGGGAAGUGUUACCUAACCCGAGAAGUGCCUGGUAACCCAUGAAGGUGACAGGAUGAACAUUAAUCUGUCUAACAAAUAUUUGGUGCUGUCUGGCACUCUAGACUCUGCCCGGUAUUUAAUAUUCCCGGUCUCUGCCAGGCUGGUUGGGUUGUCUGCGUUGUUAUAGAGAAGGAGCAGCCUUGCAGGACGGGGACCGGCACCAGCUCUCACCAGUAGAGGGCGUCGGGGGUUCCUGGCAGAGAGCAGUCUCUGGUGAAGGCUUCAAUCCUGGUCUGUGGCCGGCUUGCUCACACAGCUCUGGUCAUGACGGACUCUAUCAGGAUCUUCUAAACGGAAGUUUCCCUGCAGUUGCCAUAUGCUGUGGUGGGCUUGUGCAGUCUGUGGGAAGAGGGAGUCCAUUUCAGAUCUGAAGUCUGUUCCCUAGCAGCAGCACUGGGUUGGUAAUUUAGUGGGAGGGACGUGGCUGGCAGUAGUCUCUACCCUGACGCCUUCGCUGCUGGGUGAGGGAGUGGUCAGUGCAUUUCAGGAAGGAAGGGAACCUUUAGGGUGACUGUCGGUAUCAGCCAAAGGUACACUUCCAGCUAUGUGGGAGCACUGGCCCUGGUGCUCUGGUGCCUGGGCCGUUGGCCCUGUGGACACUGCAUGGGGAGGAACAUUGCCUCCAGACCAGGGGAGGCAGCUUUCAGUCUCCUAGGUGCCCUCCCCAUUCUCCACAGCCCCCAGAGACUGCUUGUUUUUUUUCAGGGUCGUCAUAUGUUCUAACUCACUGGCCCCUACCUCCUGUCUCCCUAGCAAAACGGCUCUUGCAGACUGUGCUCUAGGGAGCUAUGGGUUGUCCAGCUCUGUGUGGCCACAACCCAGCUUGAGGUGUCUCGUCACUGGGAAUGGUGAAACACUGUCCCGGGUUAGCAUCUUUGCCAGCUUGCCUGUCGCGGUGCUGGGGCGUCUGUCUCUCAGCCUCAUACAGUGACUUUGAGGAUUAUCUACCCGAGAGCCACCUCCCUUCUAAUUAGCACGUGUUCAGCAAAAGUGAUGUCAUGAAAUGCAUUCCAAGUGAAAUUACUUGUUAAUUCCACCAUUAGAGCAGGUAAUAAGUGCACUGUACCUUUAAAAAAGGCUUUGGCUGGUUUGGUUUCUGCUUUUGAGGUCCCUGUUGAAGCUGUUGCUUUGCACUGGAAGUGGUGAGACUUAGUGGGAUGAGCUUGGGAAAUCAAAGGGCAGCCCUGGAUUUCCUUUCCCGUGGGACAGACUGCUCCAGGCCUCCCCACCUCUGCUCACACAACUUCUGAUUACAGUCGGCUGCAGGAUUACAAAUACCUUAAAGUUCAUAGCCUUUCCUGAAGCCUCACUUUGAGCAAAUAAAUUAAAAAUCAGUGUUUAAAAGUACGUGAAGCUGUUUGCUAGAUUUUGGGGGCAUAGUUUUUAAAAUUUAAAAACCCAUGUUUGCUUUUGUAAGCUCAAGAUAUGCUGCAGUUUAUUUUUCAGAUAUCAUUUUUCAGCCAGUUCAUAGACCUUUAGCUGAAGUUACAUACAGACUCAUGCUUAUAUAACUCAUGAUAAGCUGUCAAAAAUCUACAAGUCCAAGUUGUUUAGAAAUUUUUCUUUAAAAACAAGGUGUGUGUUGUUAGUCAGGUAACCAGGAAAGUGCUGUGGAGUUUAUUUGAUCACCCAAAAUAGGGUGCUUGGUUCCGCUUUGGUUAGUUCCACUUACACCCCAAAUACACAGGUGGCGCCCCCUAGCGCUGCUGCUGCUUAACUUUGCUGUCUAUUGGGUUAUGUUUUUGGGCAGGAGCUGGCAAACUGUUAAAUGGCUUAGGAGAUGUACAGGAUAUUUCUGUAGACAGGAUGAUCUAAAACCAGGAGAAGCGUUGCUGUUUAAAAUGAAAGAUCAAUCUACAGCAUUAUAAUGAACAACAAUGUAUGUGUUCACAACAAAGCAAUGCCACUACGCUUGAUCAGCAGACACAAGAAUCAAAAAUAAAGCAAGAUAAAAAGGACAUGUGUUCCCUGGUAGAAAUGGACUGGCUGCCUGGACUUAGCACCUUGCACAGCAGCUUUCAACAUCCAGCUGAGGCUGGAACCUGGGUGAACGUCACGCUUUGCCUCUCAGAUGUCCCUAGCACAAGACGUGAUACGCUGUGUACUAAGUACAGAUGAACUUGUGAUUUUGUCAUUUCCUGAAGCAGAGCCAGAGUUUACCUUCGAUUCUGUGGCCUUUCUGCUAUGAAAAGUGUUUAUUUUGCCAUUUUCAAUGUGUUUGCUUGAAUACCGGAAUGAAAAAAACAAAUCGCUCUGAAUUCAGAUCUCUGGCUGCAUUUGUAUAUUGUGCUUAUGACCUGGCGUGGGGCCGUUCUGUAGCCCAUAGUGAGUUUAUAUGCCUUCAGAACACUGUGCCUCUUCUCACAUGAUGAGCUCUUAAAACACUUCGUUAAAACAUGAAUCCAUUUUUAUAAUUGUAGAGACACACAUAGCUAAUUUUGAAUGCUACUGAUUGCAUAACUGAAUUUUUAUAUCUAAAAAUAUAUUCUUGAGUAUGAUUUUUUGUAACUUGGGAAUCUAUUUCAUAUAAUAAAUAUUGUGUUCCUUUUACUAACUUAUUUUAAAAAGAACAUUGCUGGUAACCAAGCUGCCUCUCCCCCACAUCACAAUUAUUAAUUUGCUUAUUUUCUUCUCCAAUAAAUGUUAGUAAAAUCAUCUUUAAUAAA